AUGUGCAGGUUACUAGAAAAGGAUGCCAGGUUUGAUUUUGGGGCUGAUUGUCGAGAGGAAUUUGACACGCUGAAGAAGAAGCUGAUUGAGGCACCUAUCCUGGUCACUCCGGAUAGGGAGUCGCCUUUUGAAUUAAUGUGUGACGCUAGUGAAGUGGCCGUAGAAGCUGUUCUGGGGCAAAGAAAAGAUAAGAUCUUUCACUCGGUCUACUAUGCUAGCAAGGUAUUGAAUGAUGCACAGGUCAUUGUGCACACCGGCCAUGCUGCAAUUAAGUAUCUUGUGAACAAGAAAGAUGCAAAACCACGACUAAUUAAGUGGAUUUUGUUGCUACAAGAAUUCGAUCUCGAGGUGCGUGAUAGUAAGGGAGCUGAAAAUCAAGUUGUUGACCAUUUGUCAUGGCUGGAAAGUCAAACCCAUGUUACUGAUGACUUCCUUAGUAUUAAGGAAGAGUUCCCUGAUGAAAAGUUGAUGGCUUUAGCUGCAGUUGAUGUUCCCCGGUAUGCUGAUAUUGUUAAUUUGAUAGUUUGUGCACUGUACCCUCCUGAUGCAACCACACAACAAAAGAAGAAAUUACUCCAUGAUUCUUGUGCCUACAUUUGGGAUGAAUCGUAUCUCUUCAAGCAGGGCCCAGAUGGAGUUAUUCACAGAGAUGCAAUUGCUUUUGUUAAAAAUUGUGAUCAAUGCCAAAGGUUGGGUACUAUAACUAGGGGUCAUGAGAUGCCCCUUAAAAACAUUUUAGAAGUAGAAAUAUUUGAUGUUUGGGGGAUUGAUUUCAUGGGCCCGUUCCCACCUUCAAAGGGCAAUUUGUACAUUCUUAUGGCGGUUGAUUACGUCUCUAAAUGGGUGGAGGCUACAGCUAGUCCUACCAAUGAUACAAGGGUGGUGCUUAAGUUCGUCAAGAAGCAUAUAUUUUCCAGAUUUGGCACCCCAAGAGCUAUCAUUAGUGAUAGAGGCACAAGGUGGCCACAGCGUACCAUCCGCAAACAAGUGGACAGGUUAAAGUUUCCAACCGGGAGAUCAAGCAGAUAUUGCAGAAGACUGUCAAUGGACAGCGUAAAGGACUGGGAAGAGAAACUUGAUGAUACAUUGUGGGCAUAUCGAACAGCAUACAAAACACCAAUUGGUACUUCACCAUACCGGUUGGUAUAUGGUAAGGCUUUUCAUUUGCCUGUUGAGCUUGAGCAUCAAGCUUACUGGGUUGAGAUUGUUUCCAAGAAGGAGAAACAUCAGUGCAGGAAGAAAACUGAGAGGUACUAUGGCCAGUCGACAACAGAAGGGUAA